AUGACCGAGAGAAAAAGGGAGAAAAAUGAGGAUUUUAAGACCGAGAAAAAGAAGGUUGUGCCGCUUAGCUCUUAUAUCGCUACAACAUUGAGAAUCUCUCAAGAGGUUUUGGAAGAUCAAUAUGAUCAGGAGAGCGUUAAAGCAUGUAACGCGGAUUUAAGGAGGGGGAGGAUCAAUUUUGUUUCAUAUGAAGAACGGAAAUUGGAUCUGAAUUUGAAUUUUACUGUUUUUGAAGAGCUAUUGGAGAUGGGUUUAAUGUUCAUUGCAUGUUUGGAUGCUGAGAAAGCUAAGGAAAUGGAAACGACGGAUGCAGAAUGUUGUUCCACUCAACUUAUUGAUGGAGAUGGCUCAUUCAAUGUUACCGGACUCGAACAGUUUAUCAAGGAAGUAAGACUUUCCGAAUGCGGACUGUCAUAUGCCGUGGUUUCUAUUAUGGGACCACAGAGCAGCGGUAAAAGCACUCUGUUAAAUAAUUUGUUUUACACCAAUUUCAGAGAAAUGGAUGCAUUUAAAGGAAGGUCUCAAACCACGAAAGGUAUUUGGAUGGCAAAAUGCUCUGGUAUAGAGCCUUGCACUCUAGUAUUGGAUUUGGAGGGUACUGAUGGAAGGGAACGUGGGGAGGAUGACACAGCAUUUGAAAAGCAAAGUGCACUUUUUGCACUGGCAGUUUCUGAUAUAGUACUCAUAAACAUGUGGUGUCAUGAUAUUGGACGUGAGCAAGCUGCAAACAAGCCUCUUCUUAAGACUGUAUUCCAGGUCAUGAUGAGAUUGUUUAGUCCCCGCAAAACAACAUUGAUGUUUGUCAUUCGUGAUAAAACGAGGACACCACUAGAAAAUUUAGAACCUGUUCUGAGAGAAGAUAUUCAGAAGUUAUGGGAUUCGGUUCCUAAGCCUGAAGCACAUAAGGAAACCCCAUUAAGAGAAUUUUUCAAUGUUGAGGUUGUGGCACUUAAUAGUUAUGAAGAAAAGGAAGGGUUAUUUAAGGAGCAGGUUUCUAAUUUGAGACAACGAUUCUUCCACUCUAUUGCACCGGGGGGGCUUGCUGGAGAUAGGAGGGGAGUGGUACCUGCUUCAGGGUUCUCUUUUAGUGCACAGCAGAUCUGGCAAGUCAUUAAGGAGAAUAAGGACCUUGACCUUCCAGCCCAUAAGGUCAUGGUGGCUACAGUACGUUGCGAAGAAAUUGCCCAUGAAAAGUACACUGCUUUCAUUGAAAGUGAGAGCUGGCGUAAGUUAGAAGAAGAUGUAAAGACUGGUCCAGUUGCUGGCUUCGGGAAGAAGCUGAAUUCAUUUCUCUACGCUUCUCUAUCAGAAUAUGAUUCAGAAGCCACGUUUUUUGAUGACGGUGUCAGAUCAUCAAAGAGAAAAUACCUUGAAGAAAAACUGUUCCAACUUGCCCAACCAGCCCACCAAACCGUACUAGGACAUUUAAGGUCUGGAACUCUUGAAAAAUUUAAGGAAGCAUUUGAGAAGGCCUUGAAUGGAGGAGAGAAGUUUGCCGUGGCUGCUCGUAACUGCACUGAAUCUUACAUGGCUUGGUUUGAUGAAGGAUAUGAAGAUGCCGUUGUUGAACUAGCAAAUUGGGAUUCCUCUAAAUUUAGGGAUAAGCUACAUCGCGAUAUUGAGGCACAUGUGGCUUCUGCCCAAGCUGCUAAACUUUCAGAGCUUACUUCAGCUUAUCAGGCAAAGCUGAAUGAUGCAUUAGCAGGACCCAUUGAAUCACUUUUUGAUGGAGCUAAUAACGAGACCUGGCUCUCGAUAAGGAACCUUCUUCGGUGUGAAACUGAAUCCGUUGUCAGUGGAAUGUCAAAGGCUCUCUCUGGUUUUGACUUGGAUGAACAUGCUAAAGGCAAGAUGCUAACGAGUCUACAGGAUUAUGCCAGAGGAGUGGUUGAAACAAAAGCUAAAGAAGAAGCUGGAAGGGUAGUGAUCCGUAUGAAGGAUAGGUUUACAACAUUGUUCAGUCAUGAUUCUGAUUCAAUGCCUCGGAUUUGGACUGGGAACGAAGAUAUUCGGGCCAUAACUAGAACAGCUCGUACUGAAUGCUUGAAACUGCUCGCUGUUAUGGCUGCAAUCCGUUUGGAAGAUGGUGUUGACAAUAUUGAGAAAAUACUAUUUUCUGCCUUGUUGGAUACCAACAGGAGUGCUGCGACCACAAUGGUUGAUCCACUUGCCACGAGCACUUGGGAGAAGGUCCCUCCGGCAAGGACAUUGAUCACACCUGUCCAGUGCAAGGCUUUGUGGCGGCAAUUCACAACUGAGACGGAGUACACUGUCACUCAGGCCAUUUCUGCUCAGGAAGCCAACAAACGUAGCAACAACUGGUUGCCACCUCCAUGGGCAAUUGUUGCCUUGCUGGUCUUGGGAUUUAAUGAAUUUAUGACUGUUCUGAGAAAUCCUUUCUAUCUGGCUGUUAUCUUUGUGGGUUACUUGGUUGUGAAGGCUCUAUGGUUGCAGCUUGACGUUUCGGGUCAAUUCCGUUAUGGUGUUCUCCCGGGUCUUAUUUCAUUAUCCACUAGGUUUAUUCCCACCGUUACGGACCUUAUCGGAAAGUUAUCCGAGCAAGGUCAGAUGCCCCCCACCCCAACUAACAACCCUCCAAGAAUGCCGGCUGCAGCAGCAUCCAAAAAGUUGGAAAACAGAAGCUUCAUAUCGCUGACUGCUUCAUCCGACCCCAACAAAGAAGAAUGACUUGUUAGACUAGAAAUACAUUGUCCGUCUACCGAAAAUUCCGGUUUUGUGCUCCCUUUAACGGCGGGCUGUCAUUGUAUACUACGAUCUAAUACACAUGUAUCUGUGCUAGUGUCGCAUUCAAGGGGCCUUGUUUUCUUGCACCAGAGCCCCCAUUAAAUAGGUAUUUUUUUGGUCUCUUUUAGGUCUAGGGUUUUAUUACUUGUUGACCAAGUCACAAGGCUUUAUAUUUUUACCUA